AUGUCAAACCUUCAGUAUUACAGCUACGAAGGCGCGGGCCGCACUCUUAGCGACAUGAACCACUACUCCCAAAACGUCAUCAUAGGAGACAUUGUCAAGAUCUCCGGUCAAGGCGGUUGGGAUACUAGCUCGAAGAUUGAUCCCAAUGACCCGAAGGGACAGGUUGACCUCGCGUUUGAUAAUGUCGACAAGGCUUUGCGCGAUGCAGGCUUGCGUGGAUGGGAGGACGUGUAUGCUAUUCGUACAUAUCACUGUCCGAUGCACGAGACAAUGGAUUAUGCGGUGCAGAAGUUGAAGGAGCGUAUUCCAAACCACAGACCUAUUUUGACAGGCAUUGGUGUUGCCGAGCUAGCCUUUCCGGAGAUGAAGAUCGAGAUUGAAGUGGAAGCGUAUCGAGGAGGUCUCUGA